AUGUUAUAUCAAACUGAUUCCGUGAAAACUACACAAUUUUCGCUUGAAUUCUAUUCAACGUCAUAUGCGGGAAUUAGAAUUGGGCCCGUUGUAAAACGUGACGUCAUGAAGGCUUCAAUUAUGCUGGAACAUCAGUCUGACAACAACAAGUCAGAAAGAUGUUUUAACGACUUUUGUUAUCGAUUUUUCGUGUUCAUCAUUUUAUGGGCUUUCUUUAUUUUCGAAGUAUCUCUAGGGCGCCGUGCGGAUCUUCAUGACUUUUCUGUGAUCUAA